AUUUCCUGUAGGCACGUGAAUGUGUCAUGAUGGUCAGCGCAGUUUCACUCGCGGCGGGUCUCUGAUCGACGCAAACAUGAUUCUCUCCAUGCGAUUAUUAAUAUUUCUAGCGGCUCUGUGGCGCGUGUCAGAAGGGAAGACAUCUCUACCAUAUAAAUCAACUGGCAGCUGUAUCAAUAGCACCUCUGAAUAUUUCAACAAAUUGCUACGCAUGUGCUGCAGUAAAUGCAAACCAGGGAACCGUCAGUUUAAGGAGUGCACUAGUGAAUUGGACACUGUCUGUGAGCCCUGCCCGGAUGGACAGUACUCGGAAAAUAUGAACCAUUAUGGCAAUUGUUUUUCAUGUAACAAAUGUGAUGAAAGAGGACUGAUGUAUGCCACAAACUGCUCAGCUUAUUCCAAAUCUGUUUGUGUAUGCAAGCCUGGAAUGUUCUGUCAAGAUUAUUUUAAUGGCGAGUGUAAGACGUGUAAAACAUAUAAAUCCUGCCAACCUGGUGAAGGUCUCAUCAAAAAUGGCACAGCCAUAUCUAAUGUCAAGUGUGCACCCUGUCUUGGCAGAACAUUUUCUGACCACACUAACACUGAACCGUGCAAGCCACAUACACAAUGUGCUGGAGGAUCUGUUUUGACACCUGGCACUUCUACAACUGACACAAAAUGUAAAAUGAUGCCAUCUGCAACAACCAAGGUUCCUCUUCAAACAUCACCCGAGGGUGUCCCAAAGGAUCCUCCGCAAGUAAAACCAACAGGAUUACAUAGCUUUACACAGGAAACUCAGCCAAUGAACAUGACUGUCACAACAUCUUUACCUGCAUCAAACAGAGUGAUGACAAGCACAAUAACAACUUUAUCGAAUCCAAAUUCAGUCAGAGCAAAUUCCGUGCAUGAAUCGCUUACCAUGAAUACAAUCUACUGCAUAGUCAUCACUGUUGCCAUGCUGGUUUUGCUGACGCUGACAGUGAUGUUGAUUACUUGCAGAUUUCGAUACAGGAAAGGUAUUGUGGCAGGUAUAGUUAAGGCUGAGAUCGUAGAAGACAAAAAGCAAGAGCAAGGUCUGUUGGUGAACUGCACACCUGAUUGUCCGUUAUUAUUACCCACUAAUGGGUGCCAAAAAGAGCCCUCCAUGACAUCAUCAGAGAGCCACAGUCAGCCAGACUCAAGCCAGAGCCACAUUAGCAGUGAUUGGAUAGAACAUGCCAGCCAGGAGGAGACUCUACCAGAGCAACCAUCCGUCUCCAGUCCCUUAGUCAAUCUGAGCAUCACAGCCACAUUCAACUGUCAAAUGAACCCAGCUUGCUGUUCCAUACCACUUACUCCUGCAAUGCUGACACCCAAAGGUGAAGCUCCGGUGCAACUUUCUCACGAGGAGGUCUGUAUCUCCUGCCAGCAAGAAGACGGCAAAGAAGCCCUGCAGUCGGUGCAGGAGAGCGACCCACGUGUGUUCUGAUUGGCAGAUUCCAAGCUUGCAUCAUUAACCAAAAGAGCAUGAGCGAAAAGAUUUUUAUUGCGUUAGACCCCUUAAAAUGGUUUGAUGAACACAGUUUUCUUCCCUGUGUUGAUGCAAGUCUUUUUAAACAAGAAGUUGGGGUGGGACAAAUAAAAGGGCCGGUACCUUUUUUUUUAAAUAGUCUGUAGCCUUUAGGAGAGUGAACCACGUAUGCGCCGAUUGGAGGAUUCAAAGCGUGUUAUUAACUGAGAGCAAGGCAAAUCAAACAUUUUAUCGAAUAGGUGCAGGGUUCCUUUCUGUUGGCGUAUUUCCUAUUGAAAUAGAAAGUUGGCACGAUUUAUGUACCAUAGUGUUUUUGGAGCAUUCUGCUGACGAAACAUUGAAAAAUGUCUUUUAUGGAAGAAAUUUCCAUAAAACUCCAGACAACACGAGUUGUUGAAAAUUAGACGUUAUCAAGGAGCUUUGUGUAUGUCAUUAAAGAGACGGUAAAUCUCUCCCUCACAGCCUCAUUUUCAUUCUCGUCAAAAAUCAAAUAUGGCGCUUCUGUGCAGGUCCAUCCUCUGACAUUUUGACUUGUGCUUUUACACAUUUUAGAAUAAUAGUUAAGUCAUCAAAACUAUAAAAUACACACAAAUAGAUCUAGGGGAAUUGUGUUGUGACAAAAAAUAUAUAAAAAAAGUUAAAUAUUUAGUAUUGAAAAGAUUAAAAAUACUUGUACAAGAAAUGUAUACAAAGACAAAAUUUUAAUUUGUCUACUAAACUUAUUCCAAGCACUUUGUCUUAAAAGACUGUAGUGUACACCUUUCUAUGAAAUCUUCAUGUUUUUUGGCAAUUUCAAGCAUUGUAUAGCCUUCAUUCCUCAAAACAAUGAUUGACUGAUGAGUUUCUAUAGAAACAUUUUUUUUUGCUAUUUUUUACCUAAUAUUGACCUUAAGACAUGCCAAUCUAUUGCAUACUGUGGAAACUCAAAAAGAAACACAAAGACAAUGUUAAGCUUCAUUUAACGAACCAAAUAGCUUUCAGCUGUGUUUGAUAUAAUGAAAUAUGUGAUUUUCUAGAACCAAAUUAGCAAUUUAGCAUGAUUACUCAAGGAUAAGGUGUUGGAGUGAUGGCUGCUGGAAAUGGGGCCUGUCUAGAUUUUAUAAAAAAAGAAUCCUUUUUUUUUUUUUCAAAUAGUGAUGGUGCUGUUUUUUUUUUUUGUUUGUUUGUUUUUUACAUCAGUAAUGCCCUGACUAUACUUUGUGAUCAGUUGAAUGCCACUUUGGUGAAUUAAAGUACCAAUAUCCUUCCGAAAUAGCAAAAUCUGGACAUCCUUCCAAACUUUUGGCUGCCAAUGUAUAUAUAUAUAUAUAUAUAUAUAUAUAUAUAUAUAUAUAUAUAUAUAUAUAUAUAUAUAUAUAUAUCAAUAAUCAUGAAACACAUACAAAUCGAGUCAAGCCUUGUAUGUUUCAUUAAUGGCUGUAGAAAAUGUUAUUGUACAGUCUGAUAUAUGGAGCUAGCGCCACCCAGUGGUUGAUAUUUUCUGUGCUUUCCAAGUUGUUUUACAGUCAAAACUGUCUUUCCCCGCGUGCUAAAAGGGAGAGGUGAAUGUAUUAUUCUGAGAUGUUUUAUGAAGUGAGAAAUGAGUAGGCUUUCGGGGACUUUUUAAGAUUUUAUUUAAACGAGCCUUCUGUUACUGCACGGGUUUACCAAAAACUGUAAUAAGGAAAUUCUGUCAUAAUUUACUUCCCCCUCAUGUUGUUUCAAACCUGUUUGUCUUAUUUUAUUCCGUCGAACAGAAAAGGAAAUGUUAGUCAGAAUGACAGUCACCAUUCACUUUCAUAGUAUGAAGAGAAGAUGCAAUAAAAGUGAAUGGUGACUGAGACUAACAUUCAACCAAACGUAGGCCUACAUCUCCUUUUGUGUGCCACGGAAGAAACUCAUAUAGGUUUGGAACAACAUGAUGGUGAGUAAAUGCUGACAGAAUUUCAUUUAAUAUUGCCUACUUUGGAUU